AUGGACAGGCGGCCAUUUAUUUUACUCUUGCUGGUAUUAAUCCACGUAGUUCUCGGCUGUGGUAAGAAUUAUCACUGAAAGCCUUUCACAAAACUCACUAUAAUAUCAAAAGCUUAACGGAUGCCAAAUUUAGUCUGAAAUAUGGUACAUAGAUGAUAAUAAAUCGUCGAGACGAUGCCUGAAAUUAAAAUGCAUUUCUUUUUAUCAAUUUUUGCUAAAUGGGGUAUAUGACAGCAAUAACAAGUUAACACAGACCAAUGGCCUAAAAGCUCUCCAUAGGAAAACUGCAUUAAAGCACUAAAUCGAUUUGGUAACGCCAUCAGAUCCGUUUUCGAAAUUCCGUUCUGGUUCUAAAUUACUUUCCCAACUUAAACAUGCAGGUACCAGCAGUUAUAAGGGUUGAGUUGACAGCACCAACUGUAGAAUUCAUGCUCUAUCUUAAAACGCGAAUAUAACAUUUGCGUUUAUUUAAGUUAAUGGUCAUGCAUUUUACACUUACAUGUCUCAUAUAUAGCAACUAGUCGUACAACAAGGAAACGGUACAGACACAACAUAUAUUAACUACACUAAUUAUUCAGACUUUUAAGAACAGACAAGGCAAUUUUAUUUAAACUGGGCUAGAUAUGUCGAUAUUACUUGUCUACAAGUUUACUCCAUCAUCCGACGGGAUGAUAAUCUAAUAUCUAAGUUCAUCAUAAUACUUCCACACAAGGGAAUAUGUCCACCAUAGUCUCCAUGAAAAUACCGUUUUGACUGCCCUACUUGGUUAUUGGUCAAAUGCCAACCAACAAUGCGGGACAUUCAACAGUCGACCUAGGUGCUGCUCAGCUCUAUAAGCCCUACAAUAGGAAAGACGUUAAUCCUCUAUUAACCAUCGUAAUUUGAAUUCCAGACAAGGAUGAGCCGUACGGAUACUACAAGAUUUGCUUGAAACCCAGAAGCGAAUGCACCACAGUACGUUACGCGGCGAUAGAUAAGUCAAAUGGCACUGCGUGUCGAGAAGCUUGUGCCACAGGACCAGGUAUGAUUAAGUUAUUUGAGUUUCGUGCGCUUUAGUACUUGCGACUUUGCAAUUGCCUACAGAGAUUUCCGUUCACACAGCGUUUCACUUUUACUGUCUUAAGCCUCCAAUACGAAGAUCCUCACAGCCUUCAACUGUCCUGAUGACGAGUAUAAAAGCUGCAAGAAGUACCAGAUAACUGGACGUGAUGGACAUGCCGAAAGUUUUGCCAGACACGUCAAGUGCGUACUGGCAUGCGAACUUGUGAACUCCAGUAAGACAGACUGCUUUGACUAGUGGGGACCGGCAUGGUUUUUUUCGUAUAUUUCGCAUCUGCACAUUUUUGACCUUUAGUUAAACAAGAGGACGCCGGUUACGCAAGAAUAUGCGGGUGUACAGCCAUUGACUGCAGCGGAUACUCUCUCUGGCAAACUCAAUUCGACCGCUUCAAGAAAUGUUGGCAUGACUGUAGCGGGUGGACAAACCGUGCGUCAGGUUAUGUGAUUGUUCUUGCCUUCUAAUUUCCUUACAAAUCUAGGGAUACCAUCACAUCCGUUUCUUCUGUUUCAGUCGAAAAGACAGUAUUAGCAGUGGCCUACAUGUGCGAUUCUCAAAGACGAUGCCAAACAUUUUACCACUAUCAAAAACCGGGGACUGAAGACAAUUCAUACAGUCUUAUGCAGUGCAUGAAUGAAUGCGAUGGCAGUAGCAGUAAGUCUUGCAUCAACGGUGGCUGCAAUUUAAACCUUUACAGCAUCUGAUAUCUAAGUCCUCAUAAGGAGGUUUUCACCAAAAAUGCAACCAGACACUUUGGGAGCGUGUAGCUUGCACGUCUGCGGAAACGAACUACUUGUUGAAUUGAACUUUAUCACAUGACUGCGAGUAGUCGCGACUUCCGGUUAAUCGGAUUUAAAGAUCUUUUUACGUUACAUCCAGGGCCAGAUGGAGAUAGUUAAAUGUUCGAAUUUUUAAGCAUCAAUCUACGCCCAUUCAAUGUGUAUUAUAUCACCUGUUUUGAUUAUACGAAUAGCAUUAGUCAAAACUUGUAUUAUUUGGCUGGAAUAAUUUCUGUUCCAUUCAUUGGUAAAAAUCGAAGGAACUUUCAAAAUUAAAUAUAGAGCAUACACACAGGAAAUAUAUCCAAGCAAGUGGUUGGGAACAGUGUAAUCCUGAAGGCCAUUGGAGACUGAAUUUCUAUUUUUUGUUUUUGUUACUCUAGUCAAAGCGUGUUAAUGCGUUUUGCCCGAUAAUAUUAUCUAUGUUUUUUAAAAAUGCGCAACAAUUUGUAUGUUGUCUGACAUGUUGGAUUUUACAGGAUUUUAG